AUGUCAUCAUCUUCAUCCGAUGAAGUCGAUGAAAGAUUGGACGAAAUUUGCGAGGAAUACGUGGAAGAAAUAUACAACGACAUAGUGGAGGCCCAAACCAUACCACAAAGGACACGUGCGUAUGUAGAACGACACCGCGAAGGAGGACAAGACCAAUUAUGGAAUGACUACUUCAUCGAAGAUUCGACAUUCUCGACUCAAUUAUUCAGACGCCGUUUCCGCAUGAAUAAGGAAUUAUUCUUGUGUCUUGUUCAUGGCCUAGAAGCGUGCUUUCCAUUCUUUCAGCAAAGAAGAGAUGCAACUGGGAGGUGGAGUCUUACUGCACUACAAAAAUGUACUGCAGCUAUUCGUCUGCUUGCUUAUGGUACUGCGGCUGACACCGUUGACGAAUAUCUCUGA